AUGGUAGGAAGUAGUAUUGUUGUAAUGUGUAAUGUUGUAAUGUGUAAUGUGUUCAACAGCAGCGCAGCACCAACCGCCAAAGAGUGUAAGGGGCUGACGAAGAGGCUGCCGACAAAAAAACCUGCACAAGUUGUCACCAACAUGACCAUACCCCCUCACAACAACUCUGAGCACCACACACUGAAAUCUGAUUUCAUGAAAGUGGAAAAAGAGGGAAUCGUUCAGAACUACACUGGAAUUGGUGACAUAGACUACUACGAGAGUUGCUCCAACUGUUUGCUGAUGCCCUACAAAACCUCCACACAUCAAUACCUGAUCAGCUACAAAAGGGAGGGCUUACACAGGGAUGUUGAGAAGCAUAAGGUGGACCAUGACAACCUUAAAAAAAUGGCUGAGUGUCUGGGAUUCCGUCACGACAAACAAUUCAUCUACAACGGACUAGCAGGUGGGUGACUGGAUGGAGACGUUCUCAUGUUCUAAGUUCUCGUUCCACUUGAGGAGUAGUUCUAAACCUAAAACUAACUUUUCUAAUAAUGGCUGGGAUUUUUUUUACUUGUCUCAAUAUGAGAAAUAUCACAUAUGUUUAGAUUGUGCAAAAUUCUGAAAGGGAGCAAACAAUGGAUAGCUUUUCUUGGUGUUUUCUGGUUAAUUUAAGAAAUACUUUUUAAGUCCUGAUUUUUAAUUUUACUGUUCAUCUAAUUAGAAAGGAUUUAGUUUCUCUACACCUGAUUUAAACCUCCAGAUCUUUUUUUCAGCUGGUAACACCUCAACUGAAGAGUUAU